AAAUAAGUCCCUUAAACCAAACAUUAUAGGGACCGGUCGGACUACAAGCAUUUGUCAAUUGGAGUAUUUGGUUACCUGUGUCUUUUCCAAAUUUCAUCGUUUGUCUUUUGUCUGCUGUGACAUGUGUUAUGGCGGUGAUUAGAAUUAUGAAGUGUGGUUAGUGUUUAGUUGGAAUUAUUUUAGUCAUGUACUGUUUGUGGGAGAUUUAGUCGUCUUGUUGAUGAGUAUUUUUUUAAUCAGACCGUGUGUGAAAUAAUGCCCUUAGGUUUUACAAUAUAUGAAAAUGUUUUGUCGUUUGUACAUAUAUCGUUACCAUCAUCAGACCAUUGGCAUUAUGAAAAAUGUUGAUUUAAAAAUUCACUCUUAUUGUGGUAACAAGCCGAUAUUAUUUCUAAUUAAGAAUGCAAUAAAGUGUUCAGAUAUAUUUAUGGAUAUGCAAAGUUACAGAGGGCUUAUGUGCCAUAUAUAUCAUAGCAAUAGUUUGCAAAUGGAUUAUCUGGGAGCUUUAAAAGAGGUUCAUAAUACACUUAAUAAGUACCAUAUCAUCCCAAAUAGAACUUUAUAUCGAUAUUAUAACACAGUGAGCAUAGAAGAUAUACCUGCUGUGACAGAGUCACAAAUUAGAAAGACAUUUAAAAGUCAUGGGUUAAAUUUUGUUGAUGGUGUUACUUGUUUGGUCACUGAAUGCCCAAUGUGUGUUGCGCAACAAGGUAGAAGCCCAGUUGGAAGGAUGUACAUUAAUAAAGUUACAGGAUUCUUUUUAUGCCAUCAGUGUAGGCAUUCUGGAACCUGGGACAUUUUAGUGAGAUUUCUUGUUGAGAGGAAGAAGAAUAAAUCUUUCUCAGCCAAGGACCUUGAUAUUCUUACUAAGGAAACCACUGUAGACAAGAAGGUUGAUGCUCUUUGGAAGCAGUUACAGAAGACCACGCAGUUGUUAACUUCUCUUCCAGAUGAUGCAGUUAGAAACAUUUUAAGGAACUUCAAACUUCCAAUUGUAUCACAACGGGCAACAAUAGAACAGUUUAAUAUUCGUACAAACGAUGCAAAGUCUGUUUUGUAUAUCCCGUUGCAUAAUAUUGAAGGCCAGAGAAUGGGAUUUAAGAUUUUAAAAAUUGAUGUAGAUGGAGAAGAAACGUUCCCUGCGGUGGGAUGCGGUGGAAUCAUUUGCUUUCAUCGUGGCAAAAAUGUCAAAGAAGAGGCAGCCGUGAUUGUCGCUGGAGUGGCUGAUGCUUUAGCACUGGCUUCAUGUAAAACAAAUCUUCAGAUUGUUUGUUUGCCUCAUGGUCUAACAAGCUUGCCACAACAGAUUUUACCAUCACUGGAACGAUUUACGAAGCUUAUACUUUGGUUUGGCAAUGAUAUUGGUGCUUGGGAUGCAGCAAGGAAUUUUGCCAAGAAACUUGGAGAAAAUAGAUGUUAUUUUGUUAGACCCAUUGAAAAUCACGCUUCACCUGUAGUGGCUUUGUUAGAGAAUCAGGACUUGAAGUCAAUUAUAUCAGGUGCACAGCCAAUAUGGCACCAAGCUAUUACAACAUUUUCCAGUUUAAGGCAAGAUGUAUUAUCAGAUCUUCAAAACAAUGACAAAGUGCAAGGUGUAAAAUGGACGAGAUAUCCUGCUCUAAAUCGCAUUCUUAAAGGACAUCGCCGUGGUGAAUUUACGGUUCUCACUGGACCCACAGGCAGUGGGAAAACAACAUUCAUGAGUGAAUAUUCAUUAGAUCUAGCAAUGCAAGGUGUAAACACACUUUGGGGGAGUUUUGAAAUCCGCAAUGCCAGAUUGGCUCGUACAUUGCUCCAACAAAUGGCAGGAAUACCUUUAGAUGCCAACUUGGAUCAAUUUGAUAUGUGGGCAGAUAAAUUUGAAUGUCUUCCUCUGUAUUUUAUGACAUUCCACGGUCAGCAGUCUAUUAAAGUGGUCAUGGAGGCAGUAGAACAUGCAGCUUAUGUGCAUGACAUUGCGCACGUUAUUAUUGAUAAUGUGCAGUUUAUGAUGGGAAUCUCAGAAGAUGCUGCGCACAUUGAUAGAUUCUGGAAACAAGAUGCUAUUAUAGCAAGUUUUCGUGAAUUUGCUACCAAGAAAAAUUGUCACGUUACUUUAGUAAUACACCCUAGGAAAGAGAGAGACAUGGAAGAUCUCACUAUUAACUCCGUCUUUGGAGGUGCAAAAGCCACACAAGAGGCUGAUAAUAUUCUCAUAAUUCAGGAUAAAAGACUGACAUCUGUACGAGGGAAGAAAUAUUUGCAGGUGGCCAAGAAUCGCUACAGUGGAGACUUGGGUAUCGUGCCAUUGGAGUUUGAUAAAGGCAGUCUUAGUUAUGGACAAAAGAAAAAGAAGACCAACGAUGAAGGCAGUGUUCAGAAUCCAACAUAGCAUCUAUGAAAUGAAAAUUAACUUCUUAAUGCUUAUUAAAGUGUUGUCUCCUUGGAGAGCAUUAUGUAUUGGAGACCAUGUCAGCAGUGUCAGGGUCAAGAUAAUAUGUUGAACUCUCUUAAUAGGAUGUUAUAUUGGAAAUGACUGUGAACAACAUGUUUUAUCAUGAUUCAGGUUUGAACCUCUAUUUUAAAUUAUUCCUACCACCUCACAGAUAUGUUAAUUAAUAU